AUGAGUUCUUCGCGCAAGUCGCGCAUUGCCUCGAGCAUGUCUGAUGUCAUGUUCACAAACGCCGUCUACUUCCCCAACUAUCGGAUAUACCAGGGAGAUACACCUGGAAUGCUCAACUACAGUUGUAUCAACCAUGUUUAUUAUGCCUACGCCAGUGUCUCAGCUGACGGCGGCGUUUUUCUGAGCGAUGAGUGGGCAGACGCUGGUGCGCCUGUUGAUGGUGUGCAAGGUGGGCUGGGCUCUCUAAUGCACCUUAAGCAGAAGCAUCCUCAUCUUCGAGUUGUCUUGUCUAUUGGGGGCGGUAACUCGUCAGAGGUUUUCCCCAUCGUGGCAUCCAACACUCUUCUACGCGACAACUUUGCCCGAUCGGCCAAGGGUCUUGUUGAAGCAUCUGGCCUGGAUGGAAUCGACAUUGCAUGGGAAUAUCCCUGUGAUGCUCAACAAGGCUACGACUUUCUGGCACUGCUGGCAGCUGUCCGUAUUCAUCUUCCCGAGGAGCAUUAUAUCCUCACCGCUGCACUUCCUGCAGCCAAGGCUGUCCUGCAGUUCCUCGAUUUGAUGGAGAUAGCCGAAUACUUGGACUUCAUCAAUUUGAUGGCCUACGACUUCUUCGGCUCGUGGACCGCCAAAGCUGGACACCACGCCCAGCUCUACGCCAUGGACAAGGAAGAAACUUCAGCCUCUUCAGGGGUCUCAUACCUCAUGUCCAAAGGAUUCCCGCCAAAGAAGAUCCUGCUUGGUAUCCCGACAUUUGGCCGAAGCUUCCUUCACUGCACAGGAGCAGGACACAAGUACAAGGGUGUUGGCGGUGCCGAAGACGGCACCUUUGAGUACAACCAACUCCCACGCAAAGGGUGCAAAGAGGUUGUCGACAAGCGCCAUGUUGCGGCGCAAUGCAUGGGUGCAGACGGAGGUUUUGUGACGUACGACAACCCAGACACUGUCAAGAUCAAGGCCGGGUUCUGCAAACAAAAGGGACUAGGGGGUCUCGUCUACUGGAACGGUCCCGCUGAUUCCAAAGACAAGUCGAGGAGCUUAGUUGCGGCUGGUUUCCGUGCCCUACACUCGUCUUGA